AUGAAAGAGUAUGUGUACUUGCAUCUUUCAGUCGCGUAAAGGCGUAUGAUUGUGAUCAUUGACCCAGUUGACGCUUGCCGGCUUGGGUGUUAAUCCCAAAUGCCUCAUAACCGACAAGCGCAUACGCAGCUAGAAAACGACGCCUAGGUAACAGAAGAGUUGUUCUUAGGGUGAAUCGUCGCCGAACGUUAGCGCAUGCUAUCGGUCGCAUCCACCGGCCCUCGGGGCCUGGCCUGCGGUCCCCUCCUUCCGGCUAGAUGUAGUUACCACGGGAAGCCUUCUCGGAUACAAGGACGGCUGUGGGCUUUAUCGGCAGCAGCAGAAGCUGAAAUUGGUACUCUCCAUACAGUGCAGACCGGGGAGACGUUGGCACAGAUUGCCCUAGCAUACGGAGUUUCGGUCGAACAGAUACGGGAGGCAACACCAAAGGGGAGUCGCGGAAAGCGUUCCAAACUUCGUUCAGGAGCAAAAUUACAACCAGGCCAGAAACUUUUAGUGCCAAGUGAUGUACCUGUACCCAAGUCAGCUACGCAUAGCGUCCCACCAAUCCAUGGGUUGCUGGCGGGGGCUCAGGGCUUCGCGACUCGGCAUUCACAUGUGCUGGCAGCAGGGUUGGGCGGCCUCUUGCUGGCGCUAGCGGCCUUACGGGCGUUUGCUUUGAAGGCGACCGCUGCAACGGGUCGCGCAGCACUCCAACCUCCCUCUGUCGAGGCAGCCCCAGCGGCAAGCGCCGUGCCCCCCUCGCCACCAUCCCAGUCACAAGCCGUAAGGUCAGCGGUGGCAGAGGUCCGAGCCCUACUGCAGGAUGCUGCAGUGGAAAUGGACGCGGUGGAAUCCGCCCUGGCAGCGGUGCGCCGAGCCACAGCGGGAACUGCGACGGCCGCACCCCUACCGCACCAGGCUGCAGAAACCGCUGCUACGGCGCCCGUUAAGGAGGUGCCCGAUGCCUCACCUGCGGCCGCUGCUACUGCUGCUGCUGGCGGUUCCGAGUCGCUUGCAGCGCCAGCAGAUGUAGCACACGGCGUUGCCCCAGCCGCCCCUUCCCCAUCCCCUGCGGCACCGUCAGCAACGACACCACAGCCGUCAGCCUCUGCGUCUGCAGACGCCGAACCGCCGCCAGCAGCGGCAGCAGCAGCCUUGGAAACGACUUUGCCUUCAGCGGAGGCGCCGUCCCCACCCGCCACAGCGGCCUCCACGUCGGCAUCCCUACCGUUACCAACCGUUACGGCUGAAACCGUUUCGGAGCCCCUUUCCAGUACGGAUGCCUUCAGUACGGCAGCGCUGGUGGCCGCGGCACGUGCACGUGUGGAGUCGGCCCUGCAGGAUGCGCUGGGUGUCCUGAACCGCUCAACACCGCCGCCCAUGGCUGCCACACCUACCUUGGCGCCUGCAGCCAUGGCGUCAGCGCAGCUGCUCGAUAAACCAGACGCGGAGGUGCCACAGCUGGUGCCAGUUAUAAAGCCGUUGCCAGUGGAGCCGUUGCCAACGGCGACGGCGACGGCGGCGGUUGGGUCGGCGCUGCCAGUCGUGACGCCGCUUGUGCCGGUUGAGCCGGUGGCUCGGCCCAUGGAUGCGGCGGCGGCGGGCAGUGUGUUGAAUCGCAUUCGCGUAAUCAACAAGCUGCUUGAAAAGGAGGAGCUAGGGGCAGUUACGGUGACGGAGGCAGAGGCCAUCCCCGUCUCCUCCACAGUCGCUGAUGAAGAGCUGCAAAAGGAGGCAUCCAGCGUGCCCGCAGCCGCUGCAGCGGCGGCGGCAACAGAUCUCGUCGUACAAGAUCGUAAACACGCCGAGGGACUACUGGACAAGGUCAGCGUGCUUCUGUCCUCCUUCGACAGCCCCGAGGCCUCCGACGUCGAGGAGGAGGAGCCGAAGCAGCCACUGUCCAAGCCAACUGGUGGGAUUUCAAGCGCCGUGCAAACGCCUGUUGCCGGCGCCGCAGCCACCGCCGCUGCUGCCGCCGUAGCAGCGUCAGCGGCAUUAUCCAUGCCCAUCGAGGCCCCGGCCGCGGCAGCAGCAGGUUUCCUGGGUCUUCCCGCGCUGGGAGCCGCCGGCGGCGCGGCUACUGCUGCUGCGGCCGCUACCGCUGAGGAGGUGCUGGGUCGCAUUCGGGACAUCGGAAGGUUGCUGGACGAGCCACCGCAGCCGCAGAGGACAGCGGCAGGGGCCGUACCGUCCCGGGCAGCACCUGCACCUGCAGCGGCACUGGAUGGCAUCGUCGUUGGCACCGUCAAGGAGGAGGAGGAGGGUUUGGUUCCUGAAGCAGCUUUUGCGCCGCCACCUCCUCCGUCUCCACCUCCUCUGCCGCCGCUUCCUCCACAGCUGCAGCCUCUGCGUCAUCAACCCACCCAGCCUGCCGUACCUAUCCUUCAACUCCUAGAACGCGAUCCGCUGCCUCCGUCGCUGCCGCUGUCGCCGUCCCUGCCGCAGUCGCUGCCGCUGUCGCCGUCCCUGCCGCAGUCGCUGCCGCUGCCGCCGUCACAGCUACCCACCCCAGCACAGCAGCUGCCGCCCGUCAUGCCGCCUAGCAGCCCGCAGCAGCCACCACCGCUCUCAGCAGCUACGACCGGGCAGGCGCCCUCGCCAGCCUCGCAGCCCGCGGCUUCACCGCGGGGACGCGGCCGUUACGACGCCACGCUCAUCAACCUCAAGUCGGGUCUUCUGGAUCUGGUGUACGGCACCUCCCGCGGCGUCAGCGCCACUCCGCUGCAGCGCGCUGCGAUUGAGGAGUUCGUGACGGCGUUGGAGGCGCGCAACCCCAACGCAGUACCCACGGAUGCCGUGUCCGCCGUGUCUGGUCGGUGGAAGCUGGUGUACACGAGCCACGUGGGCACGCUGCUGCUGCUGGGCGCGCUGGACGGGGUGCCGCUGGUGGAUGUGGGGGAGGUGGUACAGAUAGUGGACCCGGUCACACUCACAGCGACGAACAGGAUCGACCUGGCGGUUCCCAUGCCGGUGUCGCUCCGCGCCGAGGCGGGUCUGGAGGUGCGCUCGCCGCGUCAGUUCAAGGUGCGGUUCACGCGGGUGGGUCUGGACACCUACGUAUCCACUCCGCAGCUGACGGCGGCGCUGGAGGUGCCGGACAGCGUGACGGUGCUGGGCGCACGACUGGACCUGAGCCCGCUGCGGAGGAUGCUGGUGCAGCCAAUCAACAGCGGAAUCGAGGCUGCUCAGGGCUUCCUGGGUCGCGCCGUAUCUCCCGAGCUGUCUCUGGACUCCAUGCCGCUGCCGCCGGGGGUGACCCAUGGGUCGGUCAGCGACGCCGCCAGCCUCUGGAUGCUGACCACCUACUUGGAUGACACGCUGCGGAUCAGCCGGGACGACGAGGGCCGGGUCUUCGUCAUGCUGAAGGAUGUGAGCAUUUACCCGACGGACACUGCUCGGCGCUCGCCGAGGUGAGCGGUGGAGUUGAGGAGGUCCUCUGCUGCUUCCAGUUGGCUUGGUGCUGGCGAGAGGUAAUGCAUCUGCCGCUCUAUGGCUUCAGGGGCUCCUAAUCGAUAGCGUCGGGAGCGCCGUUUGACAUGCACUCCUUGGGUUAAGAGCUUGUAACGGGUGUCCUGGGAGGACUUGUUGCAAUCUGAAAGUCGGAGUUGGGCGCUUUAUGCUAUCGUUGGGAUGCGAAGUGGACAUUGAGCUGAGGAGCAUUGAGUGUUUAGCGGGGGCAGUGACGAAAUGUGUGGAACUAUUGGCGUCGGGAAGUUGUUCAGGGGCUUCAGUAUGUGUCUUGGGGCGCCAGUGCAUGCAACUUCCUGCUAACCAACAUCUCUUUGACUUCACGCUUUGACUCACUGCGCUUAUGCUGGUCAUGCAUAUUGGCGGGACUCUCGGAUCACCUGCCGUAAGCCUUCAUCCUGUUACCGCCUGCAAAGGUAUGUGUACGUGUGCGGACAGAGGCGUGCUUUCAUGUGCGCGGAGUGGGUUCUCGGUCCAUGGUCAACCUUGGUUCAUAAUCAUGGUGUAUGCGAGGGUACAAAUCAUUGUCGCGGCAAGCGUGACGGGAAUGUCUUAACCGCCACACUUUGGCCCUGUGAGUGAGGUGCAUGUCGCUUCAAGCUUUCGGUAAUGAGGUGAAUUGCCUGUUUCUUAGCUCCUGCAUCAUGGCUUAUGUGAUGCCGUAUGCCAGGUGUUCGGAUGCACUAUAGAAGGCGCGAUUUGCGUGGAGUGUAGAAUGACGCGCGGGGGCGUUGAAGUAUAAAAGCGCAUGGGAUCACCUUGCACGACAUGUGAAACAAGAACAUUCUUCGCGCCGUUGAAUGGGUUUAAGGCAUGCAAGAUUCAUGCAGCAGGCGCCGUUGGACACUUGGAGUCUAGCAUCUGCAUGCGAGUUGGACGGUCCUGUAUGCAAAGUGCAAGAGGCAUGUCGCCGCAUGCAUGAGCCGUUGGGCCUAGCUCUACGUUUUGUUGCCAGGUGAGCGCCUCCAUGGUGACGGAAGGACGUGUUAGUCUACAAUAAUGAAAUUGUUGAAUAUAAGUCUGUUCUCGCGAUUUCCCACCGUCGUCUAAGAAAUUUUGACUACGUAGCUACCGGCAGUAAGGUAAAGAGGCCGAACCGGCUACCGGUACGCACAACUCUUGGGGAGCUCUUUAGAUACGUCAAGGGAUUGCAAUAAUCUAAUUGUGAGUGGAUUAAGAUGAAAAAAAUGCAGAAUGGGUAAAAUGUUUCGUUCAGCGACUGACAUGACCGCUCGGCUUCCGAGCCCAUUGAAGGCCUACCGAGAAUACUUGAACAGCGCAGAUCAAUUUGAUGAAUUAUGUGUAUAUGG